CAGAGUUCAAGUCUUUUUUUUGUGGAUUCAUUGUAUUUUAUUCUGCUGUAACCUUUCUUUUGCACUGAUAUUAAAUAUUUCUUUUUAUCUCUUUGCAGAGUCCCUUGUGUCUGAUGAUGUGCUUCCCUGUAUAAAGCAAUUGGGAGAUCUAGCUUCCUUACAGUUGCCUCUUGGAGUACAACUUCAGUUCUUUUCAUCUUUACAAGACAUUAUAAGUAGUUUGCAAAAACCCUCAACUAGCUCUGAUUUUCAAGCAUCUCUACUCAACUCUGAACCUGUAGUUAUUGAUAUCCCUGUAUUUCAAAAUGAGGAAAACCUCUCUGCCCUGAGCACCCCAGAGUCCUCCUCCCUUUCGGGAACUAGCACCCCUCCCAAUCUCGAAGCACCAGUCAAUGCCUUACGAAAUGAGGAAUCUAUUCCUGCACAAAAUGAUUCUCUCAAUACUAUCCCCGAAAACUCAUCUGUAAUAGCACCUGAGACGGGAUCUGGUACCCUCCCUCCACAUCAACCCCCCAAUGACCCUAAAAUGUCUGAUGUGAGAGAUACAAUUCUUUUAAUCACAAGUGGUGCUGAACUGAAAUCAGUGUUGCAGUCCACUGACCACGGCAAGUUCAUCCUAAGGGUCUACGAAAAUAAAAACUUCUUAGAUAAGAAUUACGCUCUUCAGUU